AUGCCUCUGAAAGGCACCAUAGCAAUUGCAGCAUAUGGAGGCAUCAGCUUUGGCCUUUUCGGCGCCUCUGUGGCUGUUCUGGCCAUGAAUUCGGUGGAUUACCUUACGCUCAUGUAUGAACUUACGGAAAGCGUCAGGCUCUUGAUCCUCCUCAAUUUCGUGGUGAGCUGUUUCAUAUUGAGUGGGUUUAUUGGCAUCAAGAUGAUCUUCCACGACUUGCGGAUCAUCGAGAUUGAACACAUUUCGGAAGAGCUACCGUUCUACUUGAUCAACUUGCUUAUUAUCAUGUUCAGUGAUAAUAACCUUCUACUUAAUAUUGUGUGGAUGAACCUUACUAUUUUAUUUAAGAUCUUCCAUAUUAUAUUGACCGACCGGCUCGACGCUUUCCAGAUGAAGAUGGUUAACCUGAUCCCACACCAGAUCUCGACGUCAAAGCAGGUGUUUUACCAUUUUGCAACUUAUAGAGCUCUGAUCCUUUUGGAGUUGUUUACAGUGGCGGACCUCGUGUUGGCUAAGUUCUUGGCUUACGAUGUGUUCCAGGGCACGGGAUCGGUGGGGAGUCUUUUGUUUGGCAUUCACUAUGGUGUAUUGGGAAUGGAGGCAUUUGCUUACUUUGGCAAGCUCGUGCUUAAUGUCUACGAGCUUAUGUUCUAUACUAUUCCAAAUAACCAGACGGCGGAUGCCUCGGAAGGUGAAAAUGAAGUUAUCGGUGACUUAAGCGACGAGGAAGACCCUGACGAUGAGGAUGUUUCAGAGAGAGUGUGGGAGAACAAGCCAAUUUAUACCCAGGGCUUCGAAAUCUUCGUGGCCGCUUCCAAGGGCGCUCUUUACAGUACUUUCAUGUACUUGCUCUACGUUCACGGUAACGUCAGUCCUCCCAUUACGCUUCUUCAGGGUAUUGCAGUGUCGGUGCUUCAGGUGUACUCGAAAUCCAAGAAGCUCCGGAGUUUCUUGGAACAAUCGAAGAAACUCGACAAGGCGCUUCUUAAUGCCACGAAAGAGGACUUGGAACUGGGAGAUAACCUCUGUAUUAUUUGCCGUGAUAAUAUGUGGUGUGAGGACGAAUACUUUGAGAUGAAGAAGAAAGUCUUGGGUGCUAGAAGACGUCCAAAGAAGCUUCGUUGUGGUCACAUUUUGCAUAUGGGAUGUCUUAAAGAUUGGCUAGAGAGAUCAGAUAACUGUCCUCUUUGCCGUAACACGGUUUUCGCUACCGCCGCCGAAACAGCAGCAGCCGCUGCCGCAGCCGCCCAGCCAGGAGCUGGAAUCACCCCAGAGGAGGCUGCAGCGACCGGUACUCCCGCCCCUCCAGAAGGUCAAGGUUCAGAUAAUCAGGAUCUACCUCCAAUGGGAGCGACGCUGGCUAGAUCGCCCAACCCUACGGACUAUUCUGUUCCAGAGGGCGCUUUUAUACCCCAGGAUUGGGCAGCCUUUCCCAUUUCAAGCAGCGGUAACUCCAGCUCUCGGGAAAUCAGGCUCUCGCCUGACUCUGUUGGUACCAUCACAGCCAGAAAACACACAGCAAACGACAACGAGAAUGUACCGUUGUACCGUGCCAGCCCCGAUAAUUAA